GUUGUUUUGUGCUGCCGCCUACACUAUAUAAUUAAUAUUCUGUCUUGUUUUCUAUGGUGUCUCUGUUUGUAUUAUGGUUUAUGUUAUCCAGUAUAUGCAGCUUUUCAAACUCGGAGUGCAAGUGCACCUACAAGACCUAGUGGAAGCUCUCAUGCAGGACCUAGUGGAAGCUCUCCUGCUACCCAUGUUUUGGUCCCGAGUCCUACUAUGUCACAAGUGGAAGAAGACUAUGUCGACGACAAUUCUGAUGAGAAUGAUGAGACUUAUGUAGAUGUAGAGCCUGAUGAGGAGUGAUAAUUGUAGUAGUGUUUAUCUUGUAUGGUGGAUGAAUUUUUAUUUUACUUGGAUGUUAUCAUUUGAGAAUUGUAAAACUAAUGUGUUUAAUUACGAAUUGAAGAUAAUCUCAUCUAUGAUUGUCGAUAUUUUAUGUUGAACAAAAUUAUUUAUAAUUUUGCGCCAAAC